AUGAAUAAUUAACAAUCCAAAAUUUUUGGAUCAUAAGACAAACCAUAAAAAUAUCCUCAUACAGAGAUCUUAACUAUACCUAUGCAUCAUAUGAGAAUAGAAAUGAUUAAUAAUAAAAACAAAAUGGAUUCACAAUAAUCCUCUAAAAAAUUAGAAAUACUCAGAUAAAGUCAUUAAAGUAGUUCAAGUAAUUUAAGACUUGAUAAUUCUGUAAAUAGAUCAAGCGAAAAUUUGAUAAAAAAAACACCUACUAAAACUAAAGUUUGCACUUCAAUAGAUAAAAUUCCUCUUGCUUCUUAAAAUAAUUUAUCUUUGAGUCCACAUAAUUAUAUUUAAAUUAAACCUUAAGUGAAAUAAGUGGAUGAAUAGUUAAGUAACCUACAUUUCUAUCCUUAAAAAUCAAAUAUAAUAAUAGAUGAAAGGAGAGAAUAAUUAAAUUUGUAGUAAUUAUUAAUGUUUAAAGAAUAAGAAAACUAAAAAUUAUAAGAAAUUAAUAAUAAACUAGGCUAAGAAAAUUUAAAGCUAUUUAAUUAAAGGGAAAAUAUAUUCAAAGAUAUUGAAAUAAUUAGAUAAAAUUAUGAUUAAUAAAAUAAUGAAUAUAUGAUGCUAAAAUAAUAAAACUAAUAAUUGAUAGAAGAUGUAAAACUUAUUUAAAAUGAAAGAAAUUAGACCUAAUCACAUUGUGAUCAGAUUUUGAAUCUUAAAAAUUAUGAAAUUUAAUAAAUGUAAAAUGAGCUUAGAGAUUAUAAACAGUUAAUAUAAAAGAAAGAUUAAACCAUAUAAAAUUUAACAUAAUAACUUGAAACAAUUCUAACUUAGUAAUAGUAGAAUUAUGAUAAAUCCUCUCACUAUAAAAAAGAUAAAUAGAAUGAAAAUAUGUAAUAAGAAUUUAUGUCCCAAAAAUCUCAAAUGUAAACAGAGAUAUUAAAUUAUCAAUCAUAAUUAGAAUAAAUUUCAUCUGAAAAAAUUAUUUGUGAUUAAAAACUUAUAGAACUUUAAACUUUAUGUAAUUAAUUUAUUUUAAAUGAAAAAAAAGAAAAUAUUACUUCCAACAAUAUUUAACAAAAAUAAUAUAAUAAAUUAAAUCAAAUUAUACAAAUUUAGAAAAAAUAAAUUGAAUCUUAAUAAAAAACAAUUAUAAAUUAACAUAAUGAAAUUUAGAAUCUAUAAAAUUUAUUAUAUUCUAAUGAAUAAGAUAGUUAAUAUUUUAAUAACAGCAAUGAAAAAUUUUCCAUUUAAUAAUUAGAUAUGUAAUUAUACUUAAAUGAUUAAAUAGAUGUGAUAUUAGAUAAAAAGAAAACAACUUAAGAGAAGAUAUGAAUAUUUAAGAUUUAUCUCACAUUUCAUUUCAAUAAUUGAAAGGUCGAAAUGAGGAAGUCAAGGACAAAUUAAAAAAUAUGUAAAAAGAAGUAGAAUUUUACAAUUCUGUUAAUGAUUUAUGA